AAUCUAUUAAAUCAAUUUAUUGUAAUUGUAGGUGUUAUGGUUAGUGUCGAGUUGAAAAAAUAUGUAAACAACAUAUAUAUAUAUAUAUAAUAUAUAUAAGAAACUUUAAUAUAUAUUUUUCAUUAAUUAAGUUUGACGAAAGAACACACUGUACUGUUUGAUGAAAAAAAUUCAUUGAUAAUUUAUUAUAUAAUAUAUAUAAUAAACAAUCACAAUCAUAUUAUACACUGGACUAUUUUAAAACAUGAUUCAUUAAAUAAUUAUUUAUAUGAUGUUAAUUUAUAGGCAAUUUAAACAUUACAUUUAUUUUACAAUGUCGUAAUGCUAAGUUUGUUUUGGACCUUUAAAAAAAUUACAAUUUCCCUUAAAAUUAUAUUUAUAUUUAGUACCCUUUAGUAAAGGCUUUACUUUUAUGCUAAGUUGUAAGUUUAAGCUUUAAUUUCAAAUCAUAUGCAAAUUGAAUUACCGAAUACUCAGUAGAGUUGGCUGAAUUAGGGCCUAUUUAUUAUAUGAUAUAUGUAUAUAUUCAUUUUUAUUAUUAAAUAAUUAAAGCAUUACACUAUUGUAAAUUUACAGUAAUUAAAGUCAGUCAUUUUAUAUUUACACUAUUUUAAAGUCAGUCUUUACAAUUUUAUUACACUGUAAUUGACAGCAUAUAAUUCAUAUAAUUGUAAUGUAGUUGUAGACUAGUUAUUAGGACUAGUUAUUUAAUGACUAGAGUAGUUGUUUUAAUUUAAUAUAUAUUUUAUUUGUAGCAAGAAAUAAUUUGAAAAAGUCCUCUCGUCAUGUAAUAGCUGAUAAGCUUUAAAUAAUAUGACUUUAUUAGUUUUAUACUAUGAUUUGAAUGAAUUAGUCUUCUAAGCCAAAAUCUAUAAUAUUAUAUAAUUGUUCUUGCGACUGUAGCAAACAUUGUUUUGCAAAGUUGGUUUGGAAAUACUUUUUGAUAUUUUUCCGGAACCAUAUGACUUAAUUUUUCAUGAUGUAAGCGAAUUCGCAAUUGGCCAAAUGUAUAAAUGGUGCGCCAAUGAUAUUUUUCCUUACUAGAAAGGCCGACUUCCUUAUGAAAGUCACAUGAUCAUAUGACAACUACGUCACUCGCCAUCUUGCAGAAAGCUUGUGACAGAGAACGUUCAUUCUUUCAUUUUGCUUCAAUAUUUGUUGGAAGUAGCUCUAUUCGCCCAAAAACUAAGUGAAAAUGUCGACAUACAACAUGGAUGCCCCACCAUACUCCGCCUUCUUUGGAGUUAUGGGUGUAACAUCUGCAAUUUCUUUUUGUGGUAAGAAUUUUGUAAUUGUGUUGUCUGCUGGAUUUUCUCAAAAUAAGAAUACAUUUAAUUUGGGUGUGUCGUUUAACACAAGUACUGCAAGUGAGGGGUACUUUAUUUCAACAUUCAUUUAGUUUGACAAUUUACCUACUAUGGAAGCGUAUAUUUUAUAUAGGUCUAUAUCUAACGCUUUUCAAACAAGACCAGGGACAGGGAGGAAACCUGAAAUCUGUAAUGUAGUCAAAUACUUAUACUCUAAAACUGUCAAAAGGACUCAUUGAAGUCGCUGAAUUAAACUACUUCUACACUAAAGUUAGUGACUGAGUUGAAACCACUGAGUCAGAGAUUAAUCAGAAAAAUGUUCAUAGUAAGGUAUGUUCUAGUAGCACUGAAACCCAUAUGUGGGGGGCGGUGGGUGAUUUACUUGAUAAUCAACUAAUCAAGUGUCUAUUGGUAGUUUACUCCCAUUUCCAUAAAGCUUCUAGUUAGGGCAGGGAGCUAUUUCUAGUAAACUACCAAUAUAUUCUAGAGAGCUAUUGAUAUUCCAGCAAAUCAAACCAAAAUCAGAGCUUUAUAACACACUUUCAAUGAUGCUGGCGAAGUAUUGCCCGUUCAUUACUAGUUCGUAGUAGUGACAAGACCUCAGCACUAAUUAUAAAAUCUACACAGUAGCCUACUGUUUUUACACUGUCUGCUGUAGCCUUCCUCAUGCUCAGAUAUGGGUAUCUUGCUAUUUAAUUAUAAUUUAUAAUAUAGGAUUAGACCUAAUGUAGAAAGAUGUAUGACAAUGUAUGAUACUGGGGUGAAGCGGAUCAUAGUCUGAAAAAAUGUUACCUAGCUUCUCCUUUGCUCAGGCCAAAGUAAUAUGUAGAGUAAAAAUAAAAGUCCAGAUGUAGAAAUUUUGUGCGUUCUAAUAAUUAUGAUUAAAAUUAUGUUAUAAAAUACAGGCCUAAAUAUGUCUAUAAUUACUAUAAGAAGUUUUACUGCUUACAAAGUGUGCAUAUUAAAAAAAAUCUUGUUACUUUAGUUAAAUGAAACUGUAUAAUAACGUGAUAAGGCUUAAAGAAAAACAUAAGCUUCGACCAAUCUUUGUUUAGGAACAUGGUCACUCGAACACACACACACCUCACACACCCCCCUAUCGAUUUUUGUUAGGAAAUAGGUCUGCGGAGUGAGGAGAUAUGUCUGCGGAGUGUUAUUUACAUAAUUGAGCCCAUUUUAAAUAUAAAAUUUCAUUGGCUGUAUAUUGUGCACCAAUAACACAAAUUGAUUUAAUGUCUAGGAAUCACUAUUUAUUUUUUAAUGCUAUGCAGAAUCAGUGUUUUAAACUGCACAUAAACAUAAGCAGCGAUAACAUAAAUUAAAUCUUAUACAAAGAAAGAAAAAUAAGUGUAUUAUGUCUUAUAAAUCUGAUUGGAGUGAAUUUGUGAGACUAGACACAAACAAUACAUUUUUUGGCAACAUAGGCUUACAUACUUAGGAGUGAUUUCAGUGAUGUAAUUAAAAGUAAAUUGUGACUACCAAUAUUAUUAGACUUAGUCAAUACUGCACUACAUCAUCUAAUCACUAUCACCAAUUGAUAGUUUUUAUAGUACACUACCAAUAGCCCCUAGAAGCUACUGGUAGUGGAGUUCCAAUAGCUCUCUAGAAGCUAUUGGUAGUUGGUAGUGGAGUUCCAAUAGCUCUCUAGAAGCUAUUGGUAGUUUACUACCAAACAGCCAAUCAGAAUUAUUUCUUUUGGCAGGUUUACUAGAAAAUAUCUGAAUAUGUAGAAACUUUUAGUUUUUAAUUGUUUGCUCCUUGGCCUUAUUAUUGCAGACUAACAUAUUUCAUAUUCACAAAUGUCUAAUCAAGAGGACAGCAUUGUACCAACUUACGUUUACAUGUGCUGGAAUUAUAUCAUCUCAUUAUUCCUGCAUUUUUCAUUUUAAAAAUGAGUAUGAUUGUUAAAAUGCAGUUAGUGGCAGGCCCAUUGAUUUCUCCCUAAGACCUUAAUUAGUGGAAAACAAUUUUUUUUGCACAGACCUGGGUGAGGGUGUUUUGGCUUUCAUUCUGCUAUUUUAGGUCUUAAAUUAAUAUGGGAAUUUUGAUAGUCCUCAGUUUUAAUUUUUAUAUUGAAUAAUUUUUUACUUAACAGCAUUGGGUGCAGCCUAUGGCACUGCCAAGUCUGGCACAGGAAUCUCAGCUAUGGCUGUUAUGAAGCCUGAGCUUAUCAUGAAGUCUGUCAUUCCAGUCGUCAUGGCUGGUAUCAUUGCCAUUUACGGCCUUGUCGUAGCCGUCGUCAUUACCCAGGAUAUGCCAACAAAGGAUUAUACUCUUUACAAGUAAAUACAUUUUUAAUGUGAUUGAAUGUAUUAUAUUACAUUUUCUGAACGUUUUUUUUUUUUUUUGUUCUUUAUAAAUAUGUCUAACUGUAGCAAACAUAUUUGCUUAUUAACUGGUGAACUUUAUAUUUAUUUCAGGAGUUUCCUUCAUCUUGGUGCUGGUCUAAGUGUAGGACUUAGUGGUAUGGCUGCAGGAUUUGCUAUUGGCAUAGUAGGAGAUGCAGGUGUGAGGGGCACGGCGCAGCAACCAAGGUUAUUCGUUGGCAUGAUUCUGAUCCUUAUUUUCGCAGAAGUAUUGGGUCUAUAUGGGCUUAUUGUGGCCCUUAUUUUGUCAGUCAAGUAGAUCUUUGGUGCAGUUAUCUCCUUAGGAAAAAAACCCUCAAAAUUCUAAAAUGGUUUCAAUGUUCACGUGUUAAUAUUAAAAUAAAAUGGCCGUCUAAUUUACAACAAAAAGUAUAGUAAAAAUUCCUCCCUUUCUGUCUCUGCAAUUAGAUUUUUCUUUUGGAAUAAUCAUGCUGAAUAUUGUACUGUGAUUUAUUAUUUGGGAGUAUUUUUUUUAGUGUUUGGUACACAUUUCUCUGGUAAGGAAUUUUUUUUUCGGCAGUCUAUAAAGAGGAGAGCUUUAAUAUUUGUAGUGUUUUUUUAUGUUCCAUCUAAAAAGCUUUGUUUAGAAUCAAAACUUAUAAAUUCCAGCACAAAUUUGACCUUUACUAGUUGAUCCUGUUUGAGAAUACAUUUUUUUAACAGCCAAAAUCUUAAAAUCUAGUAGCACAAAUAGAAUAUUGUGACAUUGGUAUUAUAAAACUGAAAUCAAGAAAUGUCCAAUUUUUGAUUGGCUUAAGUCAAGUGAAUUAAAUUUUAAUGAUAUUCGUGCCAAAGCUUGACAAUUUUAUCCCCCCACUUUGUCAUUAAGGUUAAGGAUUAGUAAAUAUAAACUUUCCACUGAGUAUCUGUGAUGAUAAAGAGUGAAAAAAGGCACCUUCGCAAUCCACAAGGCUGUUUUGCUUGGGUGUAAUAUGUCAUUCAUCAUGGAUGGAUUGAUUAUAAAACCCUGGUGUCAUAUUAUAUAUAUAUAUAAUUAUUUUCAUGUCAUAUUUAUGUUCUUAUACCAUGUAUAACAGGAGGUUUUUUUUAAACUGCAUACAAUUCAUCUGUUUAUGUAAUUAGUUUAUUUUAGCCUGCUUUAAAUUUCUGCUUUGACAUAUCUGUAUUUUAAAUGGUAAAUUCUCAUUGCUAAAGCUCAGCACUUGAAGAUGACAUUUUACCAUACAAAAUUGUGCUCUAGCUAAAGGUGUUGCUACCUUUUUUGAUAAAACAAACAUUUGCAUUGUUUGUACUUAAAUUGCUGCGUCCUGAAAUUAAAAAAAAAAAUAUUGGGUACGCUUUUUUUAACAUAAAUUUUUAGGUUAUUGAAACAUUCCACAGAACAUCUGAAAAAUUAGUUUUUGUAUUGAACAUGCUUGUAAUAAAAUACAGCACACUUUUUUUACCUAGUUUUUUUUCUGUUUUCAAGCUCUCCUCUGUAACAUUUUGUCAUCCAUGUACUCUCAUUUGUUGAGUGUUCUAAAAGUAGAGAUGCCAGCUCUGGCUUUUUAUGGCCUUUGUGGUUCUGAGAGGACAUAGUUUAAUACAUAGUCCUGAGGUAAUUGUAAACAAAAUGGACCAAACUGCAUCUUUGCUAUAGUCUCAGAAACAUCACUAAUUUUUGUUGUAGAUAGUCCCUCACAUUUUGUACAGGUCUAGCUAUAGAUAAUUUAUAGUGUGGCUGUGGAAGAGUGGCUCCAAAUGACAUUUCUCUUAUGAGACAUUUCGAAAUGGAGGGUUGGCAAUUUCCCAAUUCAAUUACCUUUCGAUUUCUCUAAGAAUUUGAGUGUAUUGUAUGCGGUACCAUCCCCACAUAGCAGAUAUGUUAAAACUUGAGAAAGCUAAGAGUCAUUGCAUCAUUUUUGGUAUGCUUGUACAUGGCUAAUUUGUUAUUUGAUUCAAUUAUUUGGAAGUGUAUUGAAGAUAAUUCAGAGGCCCAAUAAACAUAAGGGAUAAUUCUGUGUAAUGUCCUGCUAAUUUUUCUUUUGUGAACGUGUGGAUUUAUUGUAUAUCAACUGUGAGAUUGACUUUUAAAUAUUGUUUUUGUCCCGAAUGAUCGUCGGAUGUUGUGUAUGACAUUUGGGUAAUUAAUGCAGACAUUUACAACUGUUUUUGUGUACAGAGUCUUUAUUAAUCAGUCUCAAAGGCUGUUAAAAGUAGUUUUAGUGUUGUUGCUGAUUGUGUAUAUCUGGGUAACUUUUUUUUCCAUUGGUGUCAUGCAGUAAAGUCAUUAAAAGAUAAGCCAAUUCCUGGA